ACCGCGAUAGUUCGACGUAUAGUUCACGUCUGUAAUCACGUGUCUAUACGGUAGUAAAUAAUUUACACAUGUAAAAGCGCAAAACUCGAAAUGAGUACCGAAGAAGAAUCCGACUUACGAAAACUGUUCGUAGAAUCAUCAGAAAAUGAUAACGUCUAUACGAUUGCGACGACUAUAGACACAGGUUUCGAAUGGCAAGCGGUAGACGAGUGCAGAGAAAAAUUAGACAAAAAUAUUAAGAUCGUUAAGGAACGAGGGAAGAUUUUCUUCAAUACAUCCAGGGACCAAUUCGCUCAAGUGAUAGACAUGAGAUCGAUAGAUAAUAUAUUUAUUGUAGCGGACGUUAGAAAGUUCCAAUUUACUGGAACUAGUAAAGACGAUGAUUUACAGUUGUUCAAAGAUGCUGUGGACAGCAUGAAAUUGGAAAAAGCUUUAAACGUCUGGAAACAGAUUACUGGUUUCCAGGGAAAGUUGUAUCCUACUGCUGAGGAAUAUAACGCGGCAGAGAAAGAUUGCAAACUUUCCAACACAAAUGUUACGGUCACUACGGCGACUAAGGGUAGAAAAAGAGGUCAAGACCCAUCUGAUACUCGGGAAGAUGAAAUUUUGAGAUACAGGGUGACAUGUGAGAGAACUGGCAAGCAUACAUUUGAAUCAUCUGAUGCUGCCAGAGUUAUUGGGGGACAGUUACAAGAUAAACACUUGUGGCUCGUAGAUUUGACUACCUAUUACUUAGAAGUAGUUUGCAAGGUGACUAAUGAUGAACUGGUGACACAGUUACGUGUCACGCACGAGUCUAAGCACCGUAGAAAUAUAACAAACUUUGGACCAACUACGCUCAGGGCUACUGUAUGCUACAAUCUGUUAAGACUGGCUCAUCCCAAACCGGGAGACGUAAUAAUCGAUCCGAUGUGCGGCGGUGGUUCAAUUCCUAUCACGUGUCUAUACGGUAGUAAAUAA